AUGGAGUCUACAACUUCAGGAUAUACAGAUUCAGAAGCCACAACUGUACUUCCCAUUACUACCACAUCUGAUUCUACAGGUACAAAUACGGAUACAACACUUCCUUCAACAACCAUGCCUAAAUCUUCAGAAAUGACAGCUGCAGCUGAAACAACAUAUACUGCAUCCACAACCACAACUGAACCUUCCACUACUACAGCUAUAACCACAACAACACUUGAACUCACAACAACUGAAUUCAAAACAUCAGAGAGUACAACAGCAGAAGCUGCGACUACGUCAACAUCCACAACUACUGAAAUUCCCACAACCACAGAUGUGAGUACAGAAACCACAUCUUUUACUUCAACAGUGGUCCCUACAACUUCAGAAAGCAAAACAGCUGAAACCACAACUACAGCUUCAUCAACCACUCCUACAACAACAAACAAUCCCACGACAUCAACAGCUGUAACUUCAGAUUCAACAACUCUCACUUCAACAACAGUGCCUACAUCUUCAGAAACAACUGCACCUGUAACAACAUCAGGAACUACUACAUCCACAACUACUGAAAUUCCCACAACCACAGAUGUGAGUACAGAAACCACAUCUUUUACUUCAACAGUGAUGCCUACAACUUCAGAGAGUACAACAGCAGAAACCACAACUACAGCUUCAUCAACCACACCUACAACAACAAAUGAUCCAACAACUUCAACAGCUGUAAUUUCUGAAUCUACAACUCUCACUUCAACAACAGUGCCUACAUCUUCAGAAACAACUGCACCUGUUACAACAUCAGGAACUACAACAUCCACAACUACUGAAAUUCCCACAACCACAGAUGUGAGUACAGAAACCACAUCUUUUACUUCAACAGUGAUGCCUACAACCUCAGAAAAAACAACUGCACCCGUAACAACAUCAGUAACUACAGCAUCCUCCACUACUGAAAUUGCCACAACCACAGAUGUGAGUACAGAAACCACAUCUAUUACUUCAACAGUGGUGCCUACAACUUCAGAGAGUACAACAGCAGAAACCACAACUACAGAUUCAUCAACCACAGCUACAACAACAAGCAAUCCCACAACGUCAACAGCUGUAACUUCAGAAUCAACAACUCUCACGUCAACAGUUAUACCUACAUCUUCAGAAACAACUGCACCUGUAACAACAUCAGGAACUACAAUAUCCACAACUACUGAAAUUCCCACAACCACAGAUGUGAGUACAGAAACCACAUCUGUUUCUUCAACAGUGGUGCCUACAACUUCAGACAGUACAACAGCAGAAACCACAACUACAGUUUCAUCAACCACGCCUACAACAACAAAUGGUCCAACAACUUCAACAGCUGUAAUGUCUGAAUCUACAAUUUUCACUUCAACAGUUAUACCGACAUCUUCAGAAACAACUGCACCUGUAACAACAUCAGGAACUACAACAUCCUCAACUACUGAAAGUCCUACAACCACAGUUGUGAGUACAGAAACCACAUAUAUUACGUCAACAGUGGUUCCUACAACUCCAGAGAGUACAACAGCAGAAACCACGACUACCGCUUCAUCAACCACACCUACAACAACAAACAAUCCCUCAACCUCAACAGAUAUAUCUUCAGAAUCAACAACUCUCACUUCAACAACAGUGCCUACAUCUACAGAAACAACUGCACCUGUUACAACAUCAGUAACUACAGAAUCCUCCACUACUGAAAGUCCUACAACCACAGUUGUGAGUACAGAAACCACAUCUAUUACUUCAACAGUGGUGCCUACAACUUCAGAUAGUACAACAGCAGAAACCACGACUACAGCUUCAUCAACCACACCUACAACAACAAACAAUCCCACAACCUCAACGGCUAUAUCUUCAGAAUCCACAACUCUCACUUCAACAACAGUGCCUACAUCUUCAGAAACAACUGCACCUGUAACAACAUCAGUAACUACAGCAUCCUCCACUACUGAAAGUCCUACAACCACAGUUGUGAGUACAGAGACCACAUCUAUUACUUCAACAGUGGUGCCUACAACCUCAGAAAGUACAACAGCAGAAACCACAACUACAGCUUCUUCAACCACACCUGCAACAACAAACAAUCCCACAACCUCAACAGCUAUAUCUUCAGAAUCAACAACUCUCACUUCAACAACAGUGCCUACAUCUUCAGAAACAACUGCACCCGUAACAACAUCAGUAACUACAGCAUCCUCCACUACUGAAAUUGCCACAACCACAGAUGUGAGUACAGAAACCACAUCUAUUACUUCAACAGUGGUGCCUACAACUUCAGAGAGUACAACAGCAGAAACCACAACUAUAGAUUCAUCAACCACAGCUACAACAACAAGCAAUCCCACAACGUCAACAGCUGUAACUUCAGAAUCAACAACUCUCACGUCAACAGUUAUACCUACAUCUUCAGAAACAACUGCACCUGUAACAACAUCAGGAACUACAACAUCCACAACUACUGAAAUUCCCACAACCACAGAUGUGAGUACAGAAACCACAUCUGUUUCUUCAACAGUGGUGCCUACAACUUCAGACAUUAUACCGACAUCUUCAGAAACAACUGCACCUGUAACAACAUCAGGAACUACAACAUCCUCAACUACUGAAAGUCCUACAACCACAGUUGUGAGUACAGAGACCACAUCUAUUACUUCAACAGUGGUGCCUACAACUUCAGAGAUGCCUUCAUCUUCAGAAACAACUGCGCCCAUAACAACAUCAGUAACUACAGCAUCCUCCACUACUGAAAUUGCCACAACCACACCUACAACAACAAACAAUCCCACAACGUCAACAGCUGUUACUUCAGAAUCCACAACUCUCACUUCAACAACAGUGCCUACAUCUUCAGAAACAACUGCACCUGUAACAACAUCAGGAACUACAACAUCCACAAUUACUGAAAUUCCCACAACCACAGAUGUGAGUACAGAAACCACAUCUAUUACUUCAACAGUGGUACCUACAACUUCAGAAAGUACAACAGCAGAAACCACAACUACAGCUUCUUCAACCACACCUACAACAACAAACAAUCCCACAACCUCAACAGCUAUAUCUUCAGAAUCAACAACUCUCACUUCAACAACAGUGCCUACAUCUUCAGAAACAACUGCACCCUUAACAACAUCAGUAACUACAGCAUCCUCCACUACUGAAAUUGCCACAACCACAGAUGUGAGUACAGAAACCACAUCUAUUACUUCAACAGUGGUGCCUACAACUUCAGAGAGUACAACAGCAGAAACCACAACUACAGAUUCAUCAACCACAGCUACAACAACAAGCAAUCCCACGACAUCAACAGCUGUAACUUCAGAAUCAACAACUCUCACGUCAACAGUUGUACCUACAUCUUCAGAAACAACCGCACCUGUAACAACAUCAGGAACUACAACAUCCACAACUACUGAAAUUCCCACAACCACAGAUGUGAGUACAGAAACCACAGCUGUUUCUUCAACAGUGGUGCCUACAACUUCAGACAAAACAACUGCACCUGUUACAACAUCAGUAACUACAGAAUCCUCCACUACUGAAAGUCCUACAACCACAGUUGUGAGUACAGAAACCACAUCUAUUACUUCAACAGUGGUGCCUACAACUUCAGAUAGUACGACAGCAGAAACCACGACUACAGCUUCAUCAACCGCACCUACAACAACAAACAAUCCCACAACCUCAACGGCUAUAUCUUCAGAAUCCACAACUCUCACUUCAACAACAGUGUCUACAUCUUCAGAAACAACUGCCCCUGUAACAACAUCAGUAACUACAGCAUCCUCCACUACUGAAAGUCCUACAACCACAGUUGUGAGUACAGAAACCACAUCUAUUACUUCAACAGUGGUGCCUACAACUUCAGAGAGUAAAACAGCAGAAACCACGACUACAGCUUCAUCAACCACACUUACAACAACAAACAAUCCCACAACCUCAACGGCUAUAUCUUCAGAAUCCACAACUCUCACUUCAACAACAGUGCCUUCAUCUUCAGAAACAACUGCACCCAUAACAACAUCAGUAACUACAGCAUCCUUCACUACUGAAAUUCCCACAACCACACCUACAACAACAAACAAUCCCACAACGUCAACAGCUGCUACUUCAGAAUCAACAACUCUCACUUCAACAACAGUGCCUACAUCUUCAGAAACAACCGCACCUGUAACAACAUCAGGAACUACAACAUCCACAACUACUGAAAUUCCCACAACCACAGAUGUGAGUACAGAAACCACAGCUGUUUCUUCAACAGUGGUGCCUACAACUUCAGACAGUACAACAGCAGAAACCACAACUACAUCCUACAACCACAGUUGUGAGUACAGAAACCACAUCUAUUACUUCAACAGUGGUGCCUACAACUUCAGAGAGUACAACAGCAGAAACCACGACUACAGCUUCAUCAACCACACUUACAACAACAAACAAUCCCACAACCUCAACGGCUAUAUCUUCAGAAUCCACAACUCUCACUUCAACAACAGUGCCUUCAUCUUCAGAAACAACUGCACCCAUAACAACAUCAAAACAACUGCACCUGUUACAACAUCAGUAACUACAGAAUCCUCCACUACUGAAAGUCCUACAACCACAUUUGUGAGUACAGAAACCACAUCUAUUACUGCAACAGUGGUGCCUACAACUUGUGAGUACAGAAACCACAUCUAUUACUUCAACAGUGGUGCCUACAUCUUCAGAGAGUACAACAGCAGAAACCACGACUACAGCUUCAUCAACCACACUUACAACAACAAACAAUCCCACAACCUCAACGGCUAUAUCUUCAGAAUCCACAACUCUCACUUCAACAACAGUGCCUUCAUCUUCAGAAACAACUGCGCCCAUAAUAACAUCAUGCCUACAUCUUCAGAAACAACUACACCUGUAACAACAUCAGGAACUACAACAUCCACAACUACUGAAAUUCCCACAACCACAGAUGUGAGUACAGAAACCACAUCUAUUACUUCAACAGUGGUGCCUACAACUUCAGAAAGUACAACAGCAGAAACCACAACUACAGCUUCUUCAACCACACCUACAACAACAAACAAUCCCACAACCUCAACAGCUAUAUCUUCUGAAUCAACAACUCUCACUUCAACCACAGUGCCUACAUCUUCAGAAACAACUGCACCCAGUACAACAGCAGAAACCACAACUACAGAUUCAUCAACCACAGCUACAACAACAAGCAAUCCCACGACAUCAACAGCUGUAACUUCAGAAUCAACAACUCUCACGUCAACAGUUGUACCAACAUCUUCAGAAACAACUGCACCUGUAACAACAUCAGGAACUGCAACAUCCACAACUACUGAAAAUCCCACAACCACAGAUGUGAAUACAGAAACCACAUCUGUUUCUUCAACAGUGGUGCCUACAACUUCAGAGAGUACAACAGCAGAAACCACAACUACAGUUUCAUCAACCACACCUACAACAACAAAUGGUCCAACAACUUCAACAGCUGUAACUUGUGAGUACAGAAACCACAUCUAUUACUUCAACAAUGGUUCCUACAAUUUCAGAGAGUACAACAUCAGAAACCACGACUACAGCUUCAUCAACCACAGCUACAACAACAAAGAAUCCAACAACCUCAACAGCUGUAACUUCAGAAUCCACAACUCUCACUUCAACAACAGUGCCUACAUCUUCAGGAACAACUGCACCUGUAACAACUUCAAAACAACUGCACCCAUAACAACAUCAGUAACUACAGCAUCCUCCACUACUGAAAUUUCCACAACCACACCUACAACAACAAACAAUCCCACAACUUGUGAGUACAGAAACCACAUCUAUUACUUCAACAGUGGUUCCUACAACUUCAGAGAGUACAACAUCAGAAACCACGACUACAGCUUCAUCAACCACAGCUACAACAACAAAGAAUCCAACAACCCCAACAGCUGUAACUUCAGAAUCCACAACUCUCACUUCAACAACAGUGCCUACAUCUUCAGGAACAACUGCACCUUUGUGAGUACAGAAACCACAUCUAUUACUUCAACAGUGGUGCCUACAACUUCAGAGAGUACAACAUCAGAAACCACGACUACAGCUUCAUCAACCACACCUACAACAACAAACAAUCCAAGAACCUCAACAGCUUUAACUUCAGAAUCCACAACUCUUACUUCAACAACAGUGCCUACAUCUUCAGAAACAACUGCACCUGUAACAACUUUAGUAACUACAGCAUCAUCAACUACUGAAAUUCCCACAACCACAGUUGUGAGCACAGAAACUACAUCUAUUACUUCAACAGUGGUGCCUACAACUUCAGAGAUGCCUACAUCUUCAGGAACAACUGCACUUGUAACAACUUCAGUAACUACAGCAUCCUCCACUAAUGAAACAUCCUCAACUACUGAAAUUCCCACAACCACAGUUGUGAGUACAGAAACCACAUCUAUUACUUCAACAGUGGUUCCUACAACUUCAGAGAUGCCUACAUCUUCAGGAACAACUGCACCUGUAACAACUUCAGUAACUACAGCAUCCUCCACUACUGAAAGUCCUACAACCACAGUUUGCCUACAUCUUCAGAAACAACUGCACCUUUGUGAGUACAGAAACCACAUCUAUUACUUCAACAGUGGUGCCUACAACAUCAGAGAGUACAACAUCAGAAACCACGACUACAGCUUCAUCAACCACACCUACAACAACAAACAAUCCCACAAUGUCAACAGCUUUAACUUCAGAAUCCACAACUCUCACUUCAACAACAGUGCCUACAUCUUCAGAAACAACUGCACCAUUGUGAGCACAGAAACUACAUCUAUUACUUCAACAGUGGUGCCUACAACUUCAGAGAGUACAACAGCAGAAACCAUGACUACAGCUUCAUCAACCAUGCCUACAACCACAAACAGUCCUACAACUUCAACAGCUGUAACUUCAGAAUCCACAACUCUCACUUUAACAACAGUGCCUACAUCGUCAGAAACAACUGCACCUGUAGCAACAUCAGUAACUACAGCAUCCUCCUCUUCUGAAAUUCCCACAACCACAGUUGUGAGUACAGAAACCACAUCUAUAACUUCAACAGUGGUGCCUACAACUUCAGAGAGUACAACAGCAGAAACCACGACUACAGCUUCAUCAACCACACCUACAACAACAAACAAUCCCACAACAUCAACAGCUGUAACUUCAGCAUCCACAACUCUCCCUUCAACAACAGUCCCUACAUCUUCAGGAACAACUGCACCUGUAACAACUUCAGUAACUACAGCAUCCUCCACUACUGAAAUUCCCACAACCACAGUUGUGAAGUACAACAUCAGAAACCACGACUACAGCUUCAUCAACCACAGCUACAACAACAAAGAAUCCAACAACCUCAACAGCUUUAACUUCAGAAUCCACAACUCUCACUUCAACAACAAUGCCUACAUCUUCAGAAACAACUGCACCUUGCCUACAUCUUCAGAAACAACUGCACCAGUAACAACAUCAGUAACUACAGAAUCCUCAACUACUAAAAUUCCCACAACUACAGUUGUGAGUACAGAAACUACACCUGUAACUUUAACAGUGGUGCCUACAACUUCAGAAAUGCCUACAUCGUCAGAAACAACUGCACCUGUAGCAACAUCAGUAACUACAGCAUCCUCCUCUUCUGAAAUUCCCACAACCACAGUUGUGAGUACAGAAACCACAUCUAUAACUUCAACAGUGGUGCCUACAACUUCAGAGAAGUACAAUAUCAGCAACCACGACUACAGCUUCAUCAACCACAACUACAACAACAAACAAUCCCACAACGUCAACAGCUGUAACUUCAGAAUCCACAACUCUCACUUCAACAACAGUGCCUACAUCUUCAGAAACAACUGCACCUUGGUGCCUACAUCUUCAGAGAGUACAACAGCAGAAACCAAGACUUCAGCUUCAUCAACCACACCUACAACAACAAACAAUCCCACAACUUGUGAGUACAGAAACCACAUCUAUUACUUCAACAGUGGUGCCUACAACAUCAGAGAGUACAACAUCAGAAACCACGACUACAGCUUCAACAACCACAAUUGUGAGUACAGAAACCACAUCUAUUACUUCAACAGUGGUGCCUACAACAUCAGAGAUUGUGAGUACAGAAACUACACCUGUAACUUUAACAGUGGUGCCUACAACUUCAGAAAGUACAACAGCACAAACCAUAACUACAGCUUCAUCAACCUCACCUACAACAGCAAACAUUCCCACUACGUCAACAGCUUUAACUUCAGCAUCCACUACUCUCACUACAACAACAGUGCCUACACCUUCAGGAACAUCUGCACCAUUCUGAGUAGAGAAACUACACCUACAACUUCAACAGUGGUGCCUACAACUUCAGAAAGUACAACAGCAGAAACCACGACUACAGCUUCAUCCACCUCACCUACAACAGCAAACAACCCCACAACUUCUGAGUACAGAAACUACACCUGUUACUUUAACAGUAGUGCCUAUAACUUCAGAAAGUACAACAGCAGAAACCACAACUAUAGCUUCAUCAACUACACCUACCACAACAAACAUUCCCACAACAUCUACACCUUUAACUUCAGCAUCCACUACUCUCACUUCAACAACAGUGCCUACAUCUUCAGGAACAUCUGCACAAGUCACAACAUCAGUAACUACAGAAUCCUCAACUACUCAAAUUCCCACAACCACAGUUCUGAGUACAGGAACGACACCUGUAACUUCAACAGUGGUGCCUACAACUUUAGAAAGUAUAACAGCAGAAACCACGACUAUAGCUUCAUCAACCACACCUACCACAACAAACAUUCCCACAACGUCUACAUCUUUAAAUUCAGCAUCUACUACUCUCACUUCAACAACAGUGCCUACAUCUUCAGGAACAACUCCAGCAGUAACGACAUCAAAAGUAAAACAGCAGAAACCACUACUACAGCUUCAUCAACCUCACCUACAACAGCAAACACUCCCACUACGUCAACAGCUGUAACUUCAGCAUCCACAACACUCACUACAACAACAGUGCCCACAUCUUCAGGAACAACUCCACCAGAACAUCUGCACCAAAAGUACAACAGCAGAAACCACGACUACAGCUUCAUCAACCUCACCUACAACAGCAAACACUCCCACUACGUCAACAGCUGUAACUUCAGCAUCCACAACACUCACUACAACAACAGUGCCCACAUCUUCAGGAACAACUCCACCAGAACAUCUGCACAAGUAACAACAUCAGUAACUACAGAAUCCUCAACUACUAAAAUUCCCACAACCACAGUUCUGAGUACAGAAACUACACCUGUUACUUCAACAGUGGUGCCUACAACUUUUGAAAGUACAACAGCAGAAACCACCAUGAUUGCUUCAUCAACCACACCUACCACAACAAACAUUCCCACAACUUCUGAGUACAGAAACUGCACCUGUAACUUCAACAGUGGUGCCUACAACUUCAGAAAGUACAACAGCAGAAACCACGACUACAGCUUCAUCCACCUCACCUACAACAGCAAACAACCCCAAAACGUCAACAGCUGUAACUUCAGCAUCCACAACACUCAUUGUGAGUACAGAAACAACAUCUGUUACUUCAACAGUGGUGCCUACAACUUCAGAAAGUACAACAGCACAAACCAUGAUUACAGCUUCAUCAUCCACACCUACAACAACAAACAUUCCCACAACGUCAACAGCUUUAACUUCAGCAUCCACUACUCUCACUUCAACAACAGUGCCUACAUCUUCAGGAAAAUCUGCACCAGAACAUCUGCACCAGUAACAACAUCAGUAACUACUGAAUCCUCUACUACUAAAAUUCCUACAACCACAGUUGUGAGUACAGAAACUACACCUGUUACUUCAACAGUUGUGCCUACAACUUCAGAAAGUACAACAGGAGAAACCACAACUACAGCUUCCUCAACCUCACCUACAACAACAAACAUUCCCACAACAAAGUACUACAGCAGAAACCAUGACUACAGCUUCAUCAUCUACACCUACAACAACAAAAAAUCCCACAACGUCAACAGCUGUAACUUCAGCAUCCACUACUCUCACUUCAACAACAGUGCCUACAUCUACAGGAACAUCUGCACCAAGAGUACAACAGCAGAAACCACAACUUCAGCUUCCUCAACCACACCUACAGCAACAAGCAAACCCACAGCGUCAACAGCUGUAUCUUCAGAAUCCUCAACUCUCACUUCAACACGUGUGCCUACAUCUUCAGAAACAACUGGACCUGUAACAACAAGCAACAACUCUUACGUCUACAACAUUUCCAACAAAAUCAGAAAGUACAACUACACCUGCAACAAGCACAACUGCAGCCUCCACAGCCUUAGUGGGGCCUUCCACUGCUGUGACUACAGCUUUCAAAACUACAACUACAUCCUCAACAUCUACACCUUCCUCAGCUGCGAUAAGCUCUCAGAAACCUCCUAUGUCAUCAUCUUCGAGUUUAGUCUGAGUAAUAUCAGCAUGCCAGAGAACCCUGAUCUAAGAAACAGCAGUUACGUGCAAGUACAAGAUGUUGUAAACUAUGGGCUGAACACUCUUCUGAAUGAACCUGGCAGUCCAACUUUACAACCCAAGACCUUCAACUUCACGAGCACUUCAAACCAGAUUGAUGGCAGGAUGGAAUACAGCUACCAGGAUGGAGAUGUCAUACAACCACUGAACACUCUUCUGAAUGAACCUGGCAGUCCAACUUUACAACCCAAGACCUCCAACUUCACGGUCACAAGCAAGCUGGUGUUCAACACCUCAUCUCCAGUGCCCAGUGAAUCUCUGGUCCUCAGUGCUAUCAAUACUCUCCGUCAUUCCAGAGAAUCACAGCUCAAUGAAUCAGUGAAGGUGGUGAAUGUCACAUAUGAGAAAAUCUCAGAAACCUCCUUUGCUGUGGUCUUUACAUUUAACGUGAUUAACAUCAGCAUGCCAGAGGACCCUGUGUCUAGAGGCAACACCAACCAGAAAGUGCAGGAUACCAUCAAUAAUGCGCUGAACACUCUUCUGAAUGAACCUGGCAGUCCAACUUUACAACCCAAGACCUCCAACUUCACGAGCACUUCAAACCAGAUUGAUGGCAGGAUGGAAUACAGCUACCAGGAUGGAGAUGUCAUACAACCAGUCAGCUUCCUCAAUGAGCUACGUCUACCAACCACUACAACAGUGUUUCCAGUCACAACAACCAGUGUUUCUGUUACUACUCCAAAACUCAUAUCUGGUUCAGCAGUGGUCACAAGCAAGCUGGUGUUCAACACCUCAUCUCCAGUGCCCAGUGAAUCUCUGGUCCUCAGUGCUAUCAAUACUCUCCGUCAUUCCAGAGAAUCACAGCUCAAUGAAUCAGUGAAGGUGGUGAAUGUCACCUAUGAGAAAAUCUCAGAAACCUCCUAUGCUGUGGUCUUUACAUUUAACGUGAUUAACAUCAGCAUGCCAGAGGACCCUGUGUCUAGAGGCAACACCAACCAGAAAGUGCAGGAUACCAUCAAUAAUGCGCUGAACACUCUUCUGAAUGAACCUGGCAGUCCAACUUUACAACCCAAGACCUCCAACUUCACGAGCACUUCAAACCAGAUUGAUGGCAGGAUGGAAUACAGCUUCCAGGAUGGAGAUGUCAUACAACCAGUCAGCUUCCUCAAUGAGCUACGUCUACCAACCACUACAACAGUGUUUCCAGUCACAACAACCAGUGUUUCUGUUACUACUCCAAAACUCAUAUCUGGUUCAGCAGUGGUCACAAGCAAACUGGUGUUCAACACCUCAUCUCCAGUGCCCAGUGAAUCUCUGGUCCUCAGUGCUAUCAAUACUCUCCGUCAUUCCAGAGAAUCACAGCUCAAUGAAUCAGUGAAGGUGGUGAAUGUCACCUAUGAGAAAAUCUCAGAAACUUCCUAUGCUGUGGUCUUUACAUUUAACGUGAUUAACAUCAGCAUGCCAGAGGACCCUGUGUCUAGAGGCAACACCAACCAGAAAGUGCAGGAUACCAUCAAUAAUGCGCUGAACACUCUUCUGAAUGAACCUGGCAGUCCAACUUUACAACCCAAGACCUCCAACUUCACGAGCACUUCAAACCAGAUUGAUGGCAGGAUGGAAUACAGCUUCCAGGAUGGAGAUGUCAUACAACCAGUCAGCUUCCUCAAUGAGCUACGUCUACCAACCACUACAACAGUGUUUCCAGUCACAACAACCAGUGUUUCUGUUACUACUCCAAAACUCAUCAUGCCAGAUGACCCUGUGUCUAGAGGCAACACCAACCAGAAAGUGCAGGAUACCAUCAAUACUGCGCUGAACACUCUUCUGAAUGAACCUGGCAGUCCAACUUUACAACCCAAGGCCUCCAACUUCACAUCUGGUUCAGCAGUGGUCACAAGCAAGCUGGUGUUCAACUCCUCAUCUCUAGUGCCCAGCGAAUCUCUGGUCCUCAGUGCUAUCAAUACUCUCCGUCAUUCCAGAGAAUCACAGCUCAAUGAAUCGGUGAAGGUGGUGAAUGUCACCUAUGAGAAAAUCUCAGAAACUUCCUAUGCUGUGGUCUUUACAUUUAACGUGAUUAACAUCAGCAUGCCAGAGGACCCUGUGUCUAGAGGCAACACCAACCAGAAAGUGCAGGAUACCAUCAAUAAUGCGCUGAACACUCUUCUGAAUGAACCUGGCAGUCCAACUUUACAACCCAAGACCUCCAACUUCACGAGCACUUCAAACCAGAUUGAUGGCAAGAUGGAAUACAGCUUCCAGGAUGGAGAUGUCAUACAACCAGUCAGCUUCCUCAAUGAGCUACGUCUACCAACCAUUACAACAGUGUUUCCAGCCACAACAACCAGUGUUUCUGUUACUACUCCAAAACUCAUAUCUGGUUCAGCAGUGGUCACAAGCAAGCUGGUGUUCAACUCCUCAUCUCCAGUGCCCAGUGAAUCUCUGGUCCUCAGUGCUAUCAAUACUCUCCGUCAUUCCAGAGAAUCACAGCUCAAUGAAUCAGUGAAGGUGGUGAAUGUCACCUAUGAGAAAAUCUCAGAAACCUCCUAUGCUGUGGUCUUUACAUUUAACGUGAUUAACAUCAGCAUGCCAGAGGACCCUGUGUCUAGAGGCAACACCAACCAGAAAGUGCAGGAUACCAUCAAUAAUGCGCUGAACACUCUUCUGAAUGAACCUGGCAGUCCAACUUUACAACCCAAGACCUCCAACUUCACGAGCACUUCAAACCAGAUUGAUGGCAGGAUGGAAUACAGCUUCCAGGAUGGAGAUGUCAUACAACCAGUCAGCUUCCUCAAUGAGCUACGUCUACCAACCACUACAACAGUGCUUCCAGUCACAACAACCAGUGUUUCUGUUACUACUCCAAAACUCAUAUCUGGUUCAGCAGUGGUCACAAGCAAGCUGGUGUUCAACACCUCAUCUCCAGUGCCCAGUGAAUCUCUGGUCCUCAGUGCUAUCAAUACUCUCCGUCAUUCCAGAGAACCACAGCUCAAUGAAUCGGUGAAGGUGGUGAAUGUCACCUAUGAGAAAAUCUCAGAAACCUCCUAUGCUGUGGUCUUUACAUUUAACGUGAUUAACAUCAGCAUGCCAGAGGACCCUGUGUCUAGAGGCAACACCAACCAGAAAGUGCAGGAUACCAUCAAUAAUGCGCUGAACACUCUUCUGAAUGAACCUGGCAGUCCAACUUUACAACCCAAGACCUCCAACUUCUCGAGCACUUCAAACCAGAUUGAUGGCAGGAUGGAAUACAGCUACCAGGAUGGAGAUGUCAUACAACCAGUCAGCUUCCUCAAUGAGCUACGUCUACCAACCACUACAACAGUGUUUCCAGAAACAACAACCAGUGUUUCUGUUACUACUCCAAAACUCAUAUCUGGUUCAGCAGUGGUCACAAGCAAGCUGGUGUUCAACUCCUCAUCUCCAGUGCCCAGUGAAUCUCUGGUCCUCAGUGCUAUUAAUACUCUCCGUCAUUCCAGAGAGUCACAGCUCAAUGAAUCGGUGAAGGUGGUGAAUGUCACCUAUGAGAAAAUCUCAGAAACCUCCUAUGCUGUGGUCUUUACAUUUAACGUGAUUAACAUCAGCAUGCCAGAGGACCCUGUGUCUAGAGGCAACACCAACCAGAAAGUGCAGGAUACCAUCAAUACUGCGCUGAACACUCUUCUGAAUGAACCUGGCAGUCCAACUUUACAGCCCAAGACCUCCAACUUCACGAGCACUUCAAACCAGAUUGAUGGCAAGAUGGAAUACAGCUUCCAGGAUGGAGAUGUCAUACAACCAGUCAGCUUCCUCAAUGAGCUACGUCUACCAACCAUUACAACAGUGUUUCCAGCCACAACAACCAGUGUUUCUGUUACUACUCCAAAACUCAUAUCUGGUUCAGCAGUGGUCACAAGCAAGCUGGUGUUCAACUCCUCAUCUCCAGUGCCCAGUGAAUCUCUGGUCCUCAGUGCUAUCAAUACUCUCCGUCAUUCCAGAGAAUCACAGCUCAAUGAAUCAGUGAAGGUGGUGAAUGUCACCUAUGAGAAAAUCUCAGAAACCUCCUAUGCUGUGGUCUUUACAUUUAACGUGAUUAACAUCAGCAUGCCAGAGGACCCUGUGUCUAGAGGCAACACCAACCAGAAAGUGCAGGAUACCAUCAAUAAUGCGCUGAACACUCUUCUGAAUGAACCUGGCAGUCCAACUUUACAACCCAAGACCUCCAACUUCACGAGCACUUCAAACCAGAUUGAUGGCAGGAUGGAAUACAGCUUCCAGGAUGGAGAUGUCAUACAACCAGUCAGCUUCCUCAAUGAGCUACGUCUACCAACCACUACAACAGUGCUUCCAGUCACAACAACCAGUGUUUCUGUUACUACUCCAAAACUCAUUGCUAUCAAUACUCUCCGUCAUUCCAGAGAACCACAGCUCAAUGAAUCGGUGAAGGUGGUGAAUGUCACCUAUGAGAAGGACCCUGUGUCUAGAGGCAACACCAACCAGAAAGUGCAGGAUACCAUCAAUAAUGCGCUGAACACUCUUCUUAAUGAACCUGGCAGUCCAACUUUACUACCCAAGACCUCCAACUUCACGAGCACUUCAAACCAGAUUGAUGGCAGGAUGGAAUACAGCUACCAGGAUGGAGAUGUCAUACAACCACUGAACACUCUUCUGAAUGAACCUGGCAGUCCAACUUUACAACCCAAGACCUCCAACUUCUCUGCUAUCAAUACUCUCCAUCAUUCCAGAGAGUCACAGCUCAAUGAAUCGGUGAAAGUGCUGAAUGUGACCUAUGAGAUCUUAACGACUGCCAGCACUCUGACAACUACUCCACUGAUAGUGCGUGGCAAAGCACUCAUAUUUAUUCGCCUCGUAUUUGUCACACUGGGCCCCCUGCCAAAUCCAGAGAAGGUUCUUGAGGUGGCCAACACUCUGCUGAAGACACGUCUCGCAACUAAACAAGACACCACAACACAAGACCUGAGUGAUCCUGUGAGCUUUGUCAACGUCACAUAUACAAAAAUAAAUGAGACGGCCUAUGCUCUUAACUUUGGAUUUGAAAUCAGCAAUAUAACCAUGACUGAGAAGCUUGAACUCAGGAAUGGCACCCACCUGUUAAUACAAGACUCUAUAAACACAUUGCUGGGCAAGAUCCUCCUCAGUAACUCCUCAGCUCCUAUCAUUAAGUUCCAAGCAGCUGAUUUCACGGGCAAUUCCACAGUAAUUAAGGCCAAUGUAGAGUAUGUUUUUUCACCAAGUGACAUCACGCAACCCAGCAUUUUUGUUCAGGAACUUAUCCAACUUAGCGAAGCGAGCACUACAACUUCACCACCAAUCUUGACUAAGAGGGCAAUUAUUAAGAUCCGUCUCGAGUUUAUCACACUUGGAACAAGACCAAGUGAGAGUGAUGUUCUUCAGCUGGUUAAAUCUGUGGUGGCCACAAAUCUCACAACUAAACUAACCACGAGAGUAACAAGCGUGAGUGAACCUGUGACCUUGGACAAUGUCGAGUAUUCGGGAAUUAAUGAGACCGCCUACGCACUCAUUUUUAAGUUUGAAAUGAACAAAGUAUCACUGACAGCGACACAAAGUCAAGAAGCCUUUAAAGAAAUCCAAACGAAGAUAAAUGGUUUGGUGUUCCAGAUACUAAAGGACCCCUCGUUUAAUCUGACCAUCCCAGCUAGUUUCAAGGAGGAUAUCUUUCAGAUUGAGGCCAAUGUUACGUAUGUUUUCUCACAAAAUAACAACAACAUGGCCUCCGGGUUCUUGGUCAGUGCCCUUUUCAAGGCUUUUACCACACCAGCUCCAACCACCAUAAGCACUACAACCUCCAACAAUGGUACAAAUGCAGCUUGGGUUGUGGCUAUCAUUGUCCCCUGUGCUAUUAUCAUCGGGCUCGUACCUUGCUGGAUUCUUCUUUGUUGUUUGCUGUGUGGUUGCUGUGCGGCAAUCAGAAGACGUUGGCACAGAAGACAGUCGUACAACGUGCAGUACACCACUCGAAACAGUCUCUUCUAGAGAAUUCUGAAAUAUUUAACAAAAACAGGACUGAACACCAAUGAAAACAAAAAUCAUGGAUUUUGGAUAUUCAAUAUGCUAUUCAAUACUGCUUCUUUUGUAGUAAUGAAAGUACUAUGUUAAUGCUUUUAUAAAUGAUUUAUUUUAAU